AACAAAUAUAUUUAGGGGUAUAAAUGCCUGGGCACUAUUUUUCAAAGUUCACAAAAAUAAUUUUCAUUAAUUAGGGUAAAUAAGAAAUAAACAUUUAAAAGGAUAUAAUUGUACAAACACUAUUCAUUUAAAAAACUUGUACUUAUUAAUAAUGGUAUGCAAGAAAAUACACAUUUCGAAAGGUAUAAUUGGCAACACACUAUUCAUAACUGUAUUAUUAGACUUUUUAUAAGGCAGGGAAAAUGAAAAAAAAAAACAAAAACCGGGUGAACUUACCACGCUACCCUUGUGCUGGGAUAUAGAGCACAGCAGCGUGCUGAGCUGAGCCAAUCUCCAUCAUAGCGCAGUUGAAUUUUCAUCCAUCCUUGAGUGUAUACUAUACUGUAUAGCAGUAACCACCUAAAUUUCAAUUUCAAUUCCAAUUUCAAUUUGAGUAGUGAGUACCUAAAAAUCAAGCAUUCAACAAUGGCGAAUCAACUCUACGGCCACCAAAAACAAUCCUCCAGCAUCUACAAUUCCUCUUCAAGAUCCGCCAUUGAUGCAUACCAUCCAGAACAACAACAACAACCAUCUUCCCUUCGAACCUCUUCUCGCUACCUCUUCGACCCUCACUCUCUCUCCUCUGACCCUCCUUCCUCCUUCUAUCGAACUACUCCUUCCGAUUCUCAUUCUCUUCGCUACUCCUCCUCUGACCGUCACUCUCUCUCCUCCAUUGACAACCUUGGACUCACCUCUGCUGCUUCCAGAAUGUACGUUCCUGCUGCUGCUGCCACCUCUUUAUGGCCUUCUUUCGACGCUUCUUCUACUCUCAGUAAGCGCCCUUCUGAAGCUCUCUACGAUCAUCCUGUUCUGGGUGCCCAUAUGAUUGGGCAAAAUGAGGCUUGGUUUGCUUCUGAUUCUUUGGCCAAGCGCCCUAGAUUGGAGAGUGCAAGCAAUUUACCAAUUUAUCCACAAAGACCUGGAGAAAAGGACUGCUCGCACUAUAUGCUUACUAGAAUCUGUAAGUUUGGAGAUAAUUGCAAGUUUGAUCACCCUAUCUGGGUUCCUGCAGGUGGAAUCCCUGAUUGGAAAGAGUCUGCCUCAGUUCCUUCUUCUGAUUCCCAUCCUGAAAGACCUGGAGAACCAGACUGUCCGUACUUCCUAAAGACUCAAAAAUGCAAGUUUGGUCAGAUGUGCAAAUUUAAUCAUCCGAAGGAUAAACUGGAUUCAUCUAGCUGUAAAACCGACGAUCCAGAUUUACCUGAUAGACCAUCUGAGCCUGUUUGUUCGUUCUACAUGAAAACGGGAAAAUGUAAAUUUGGUACAUCAUGCAAAUUUCAUCAUCCUAAAGAUAUUAAAGUCCAAUCAGAUAAACAAGAAGCUGGUGAUGGAGUGCAGACUCAUUCGAUAGAUCAGCAUGGUAGUGAUGGUACUGCUGGUGAUGGAAAUAUAAUCAAACCCACCUCGAAUGCUGCAUUAUCAUAUAACUCGAAAGGACUGCCCAUGCGUCCGGAUGAAGUCAAUUGCCCAUUCUACAUGAAAACUGGCAGCUGUAAAUAUGGGAUCACUUGCCGAUACAAUCAUCCUGAUAGGAAUGAAUUGUUAUCUCCCUACUCAGUUAUCAAUCCCACUGCUGCAAUGGUAGGCCAUACAGUUUUUCCUUCAUUAGCAAACUUUAAUGUGGGGCUUGUCAAUCCAGCUGCCUCCAUUUUCCAAAGUCUUCAACCUCGGCUGGCUCAAACAAUGUAUGGACAGGUUCCAAUGAUGUACCCUCAGCGGCCUGGCCAGAUUGAAUGUGAUUUCUAUAUGAAAACUGGAGAAUGUAAAUUUGGAGAAAAGUGCAGGUUCCAUCAUCCUGUAGACAGAUCUGCACCCACAAGAAACCAGACCCUGGAACAAAAUGUUAAAUUUACCCUCGCGGGUCUUCCGAGGAGAGAGGGUGUUGAACAUUGCCCCUUUUAUAUGAAAACUGGCACAUGUAGCUAUGGGGCUAAUUGCAAGUUUGACCACCCGCCUCCAGGAGAGGUCAUGGCCGUGGCAGGACAGGAAACUUCCACAAAAGCUGAAGAGGAAGAAACCGAGGAUGGAGAGAAUGUCGCAACAGCUGAAUAAUAGCGGCAUACUGUUAAGAUUGUUGUAUAAGUUCAGAAAAGCUGUUUAUGAUUCCUGUUGAUUUGUAGUUGUGCGAUUAUAUUUUCUUCAUGUUAAUUGUCUAAUCUAUGCAUCCUUUUUACUAUUUAUUUCUCCUUUUUUUAAUGGUUCUUUAGAAAUUGAUAACUCUGCUUAAGUUUGACAGCCAUCAAAUUUAAAUCAUUCAGGUGUUCAGUACUUCAGUGGUUAUAUAAUCGCUUGAUACUAGUGAAAUCUUAGUCCCAAA